AUGCAGCCUCCUCCUGUCCCCAUCUCCACCUCCACUCUACCCCCUCCCCAUGCCAACACCAUCAGCAGCACAGCAGGACUUCUCAGGCUUCUCACGCCUAGCAGCACGAUGUUACCUCAGACAUCGACUUCCCGCCGGCUACGUAAAUACUGGCAGGCUCCCACCCCUUCAGAACCGAGCCAACCCGAACUCAACACGACAGCACGGGUCCCAAUUCUGCCUGUGAACCUUGCAAGCAAGCAAGCCGAAACCACAAAUACACACUCAGUCAUAGAACGUCUAUCUUGUCUCGCGUCACAACAACUCGGUACUGUACCUAACUACCACUUCAUGCGAUCCCUCCCCGGCCUUAACAUCAUGAUGGACGACAACAGCCACGAGAAAGCAGAAGCAGCAAAAACAAAGCCGGACAAGAGAAAGACGGAAGCAAAAGAAUCUGGUAGUAAUAGACGAUAA